AUGACAUGCAUGCAUGUGGUCGUCGUCGGUUCUGCAUUCAACAGAACUGUUCCAGAGAAGCAAGCUUGGGACAAGCUAGUUAAAACCGGUCCUCCAAAAAUUUCUACGCCUACGCCAGCUCCAGGUCUACCAGGAUUCCCUACACUUCCUCCAGUUCAACCAGGACCUCCGACAGUUUCUCCAGCUCAAGGACCGCCAGGAAUUUCUGCCUCAGUAACGGAAGCCGAUCAUCUUCUUGAUGUGACUGAACCACCGCUACAUUACACGGAAGCUCAUGGGUACGUUACUCCACACUACGAAGAUACGAGAAGAGUGGGCAAAGAUGGAGAGGAAGGACAACGGCUUUCAAAACAAGAAUCACUGGAGGAGGAAGGCGCACGUCUUUGGGAAGAAGAGGGAGUGAGGGAACAUGAGGAGCAGAGACGAAUCGGCGAGGAGCGAAGGCCAGAGAAAGAACGGGGGCUAGAGGAAGAGAGGCUCAGAAAGUUCGAAGAGCAGAGAUGGCUGGAGGAAGAGCUGAGAAGAGAAGAGCGUUUGCGGUUAGUGGAGGAAAAAGGUCAAAGAGGAGAGCAUGAGAGUCGCCUCAGAGAAGAACGUCUGAGAGAGGCAGAAGAAAGAAGAAGGCUAGAAGAAGAACGAGGGCGUUUGGAGGAGGAGAUAGAGGAAGAGCGAAGGCGUGUGGAGGAGGAACGGGGAAAGGUUGGAGAGGAACGCAGGAUAGCAGAGGAGAGACGUCUCUGGGAAGAGGAAGAAAUGCUGAAUAGGAUAGACACUGAAUACGAGGAACAACGUAGAAGAGAGGAAGAGGUAAGACGAGAGGAGCAGAGAUUGGGAGAGGAACAAAGACGAAAACAAGAAGAGAUCCGUAGAGAAGAAGAAAGGAGACGUAACGAAGAGUUUAUGAAAGAGUUGGAAAUGCGUCGGGAAGAGCACAAACGUCGAUUAGAAGAGUUCCAGAAGCUGCAGGAUCAGAGGAGAGAGAAGAUAGCAAAGUUCACAGGCGAACGACGGCAAUGGAAGGAAAAAUUAAAAGCUGCAGAGGAAGAUGGGAAAAAGACACAGUUUAUCCAUAUCAUUUGUUACGACGGUGAAGUGAUACGAACUCCGGAAGCUCGAAAGGAGCUCUACAGCGAAGGUGAUCCGUGUGAAGAAAUCAGAAAAAAUUAG